CGCCAUCGCGCUCACCAUUCCGGAAGUGCGCGUGGCUGCGAGGCGGCGUGAGGCCGAUGAGUGGUGCCUGACUUUGUCCAGAUGCUGAGGUACCUGUAUCCUUGGCACAGGCCAUUACUGAGCCAUAGUUGGAGUAGACUCUGUCUUCUGAAGCAUUAUCUAUUUACGAUGAAGUUGCAAUCUCCAGAAUUCCAGUCACUUUUCACGGAAGGAUUGAAGAGCCUGGCAGAGUUAUUCAUCAAAGAAAAUCAUGAAUUAAGAAUAGCAGGAGGUGCAGUGAGGGAUUUGCUAAAUGGGGUGAAGCCUCAAGACGUGGACUUUGCUACCACGGCCACCCCUACUCAAAUGAAGGAGAUGUUUCAGGCGGCUGGAAUUCGUAUGAUAAACAACAGAGGAGAAAAGCAUGGAACAGUUACUGCCAGGCUUCAUGAAGAAAAUUUUGAAAUUACUACACUACGGAUUGAUGUUACCACUGACGGAAGACAUGCUGAAGUAGAAUUUACAACUGACUGGCAGAAAGAUGCUGAACGCAGAGAUCUCACUAUAAAUUCCAUGUUUCUAGGUUUUGACGGUACCUUAUUUGAUUACUUUAAUGGUUAUGCAGAUUUAAAAAAUAAGAAAGUUAGAUUUGUUGGACAUGCUAAACAGAGAAUACAAGAAGAUUAUCUUCGAAUUUUAAGAUAUUUCAGGUUUUAUGGCAGAAUUGUAGAAAAACUUGGUGACCAUGAUCCUGAGACCCUGGAAGCAAUUGCAGAAAAUGCAAAAGGCUUGGGUGGAAUAUCAGGAGAGAGGAUUUGGGUGGAACUGAAAAAAAUUCUCACUGGUAACCAUGUAAAUCACUUGAUUCAUCUUAUCUAUGAGCUUAAGGUGGCUCCUUACAUAGGUUUACCUGCUAAUGCAAGUUUAGAAGAAUUUAAUAAAGUCAGUAAAAAUGUUGAUGGUUUUUCACCAAAGCCAAUGACUCUUUUGGCCUCAUUAUUCAGAGUACAAGAUGAUGUGACAAAACUGGAUUUGAGGUUGAAGAUUUCAAAAGAAGAGAAAAACCUUGGCUUAUUUAUAGUUAAAAAUAGGAAAGACUUAAUUAAAGCAACAGAUAGUACAGAACCACUGAAACCCUAUCAAGACUUCAUUAUAGAUUCCAGGGAACCUGAUAUGACUGGCCGUGUGUGUGAACUACUGAAAUACCAAGGUGAGCACUGUCUUCUAAAGGAGCUGGAGAAAUGGUCCAUCCCCCCGUUUCCUGUGAGUGGCCAUGACAUCAGGAAAGUGGGCAUUUCUUCAGGAAAGGAAAUUGGGGCUCUGUUACAACAACUGCGUGAACAGUGGAAAAAAAGUGGUUACCAAAUGGAAAAAGAGGAACUUCUAAGUUACAUAAAGAAGCCCUAAAACUGUUAAGAUCUGGUUAUUAAAAAGUGGAAGCUUUUGGUAAGACUAAUUAUACCUCCUCACUCCUAUUCCUUUUUAUCAGAGUUAAGAAACUGUAACAGCAUUGAUGCCAGUGUAGAGGGCUCUCUUUAGAAGAACUCUUAUUUUGUGGAAUCUGAUUUAUUUACACCGCUGAAUUUUAUACUUAUUUUGGAAUACCUGCUACUGAGAAAAGUAUAGUUCACUUCUAUUUGUGUGGACUUUUAAAACGGAAAUUUAAAGUCUUUAAGAAAAAAA